AUGCCCCGUGUCUUGGCGCCUCUGGUGCUCCUUCUGCUGUGGCUAAUGAAGAUUGCUGCCAGCCCCCAUUCCCUGAGGAUUGCUGCCAUCCUGGAUGACCCCAUGGAGUGCAGCAGAGGGGAGAGGCUCUCCAUCACCCUGGCCAAGAACCGCAUCAACCGUGCACCCGAGCGGGUGGGGAAAGCCAAAGUGGAGGUGGACAUUUUUGAGCUGCUGCGAGACAGCGAGUAUGAGACGGCAGAAACCAUGUGCCAGAUUCUACCAAAAGGAGUGGUAGGCGUCCUGGGACCUUCUUCAAGCCCAGCCUCGAGCUCUAUUAUCAGCAAUAUCUGUGGGGAGAAAGAGGUUCCUCACUUCAAAGUGGCACCAGAGGAGUUCCUGAAGCUGCAGCUCCAGCGGUUCACCACCCUCAACCUGCACCCCAGCAACACCGAUAUCAGCGUGGCUGUGGCAGGAAUCCUGAAUUUCUUUAACUGCACCACAGCCUGCCUCAUCUGUGCCAAAGCUGAAUGCCUUUUAAACCUAGAGAAGUUGCUUCGACAGUUCCUCAUUUCCAAGGACACGCUCUCAGUUCGGAUGCUAGAUGACAGCCGGGAUCCUACCCCUCUCCUAAAAGAGAUCCGAGAUGACAAAACAGCUACCAUCAUCGUACAUGCCAACGCUUCCAUGUCUCAUACCAUUUUGCAGAAGGCAGCUGAACUGGGAAUGGCGUCUGCCUAUUACACGUAUAUCUUCACUAAUCUGGAGUUUUCUCUCCAGCGCCUGGACAGCCUGCUGGACGACCGAGUCAACAUCCUGGGAUUUUCCAUUUUCAACCAGUCUCACGCUUUCUUCCAAGAGUUCGUCCAGAGCCUCAACCAGUCCUGGCAGGAGAACUGUGAUCAUGCUCCUUUUACUGGGCCAGCACUCUCUUCUGCCCUGCUGUUCGAUGCUGUGUAUGCUGUGGUGACUGCCGUGCAGGAGCUGAACCGGAGCCAGGAGAUUGGUGUGAAGCCCCUGUCCUGUGGGUCAGCCCAGAUCUGGCAGCACGGCACCAGCCUGAUGAACUACCUGAGAAUGGUAGAAUUGGAAGGUCUCACCGGCCACAUCGAAUUCAACAGCAAAGGUCAGCGAUCCAACUACGCCCUGAAAAUCUUGCAGCACACACGCAACGGCUUCCGGCAGAUCGGCCACUGGCAUGUUUCUGAAGGUCUCAGCAUGGACAACAGGAUCUUCUCCUCCAACAUAUCAGACAGUCUGUUCAACACCACGCUCAUUGUCACCACCAUCCUGGAAAACCCUUACUUAAUGCUGAAGUGGAACCAUCAGGAGCUGGAAGGCAAUGACCGCUAUGAGGGCUUCUGUGUGGACAUGCUGAAGGAGCUGGCAGAGAUCCUGCGUUUCAACUAUAAGAUCCACCUCGUUGGCGAUGGUGUGUAUGGAGUCCCUGAGGCAAACGGCACGUGGACAGGGAUGGUCGGGGAGCUGAUUGCUCGGAAAGCUGAUUUGGCUGUGGCUGGGCUGACGAUUACAGCGGAGCGGGAGAAGGUGAUUGAUUUCUCUAAGCCGUUCAUGACUUUGGGAAUUAGCAUUCUCUACCGAGUUCAUAUGGGCCGGAAACCUGGCUACUUCUCCUUCCUGGAUCCCUUUUCUCCUGGCGUCUGGCUCUUCAUGCUGCUCGCCUACCUGGCUGUCAGCUGCGUCCUCUUCUUGGUUGCUCGAUUGACACCCUACGAGUGGUACAGCCCCCACCCCUGCUCACAAGGCAGAUGCAAUCUCCUCGUGAAUCAGUACUCUCUCGGCAACAGCUUGUGGUUUCCAGUCGGGGGAUUCAUGCAGCAAGGCUCCACCAUUGCCCCCCAAGCAUUAUCCACGCGGUGUGUCAGCGGAGUCUGGUGGGCAUUCACCUUGAUCAUCAUCUCCUCCUACACGGCCAAUCUGGCAGCCUUCCUCACCGUGCAGCGGAUGGACGUCCCCAUCGAAUCCGUAGAUGACCUGGCUGACCAGACAGCCAUUGAGUACGGCACCAUUCACGGUGGCUCCAGCAUGACCUUCUUCCAAAACUCCCGCUACCAGACGUACCAGCGGAUGUGGAACUACAUGUACUCCAAGCAGCCAAGCGUCUUUGUGAAGAGCACGGAGGAAGGGAUUGCACGCGUGCUGAACUCCAAUUACGCCUUCCUGCUGGAGUCCACCAUGAACGAGUAUUAUCGUCAGCGCAAUUGCAACCUCACGCAGGUCGGGGGCCUUCUGGACACCAAGGGCUACGGGAUUGGCAUGCCCGUCGGCUCUGCGUUUCGUGACGAGUUUGACCUGGCCAUUCUCCAGCUGCAAGAGAACAACCGCCUGGAAAUCCUGAAGCGGAAGUGGUGGGAAGGAGGGAAGUGCCCCAAAGAGGAGGACCACAGAGCCAAAGGCCUGGGAAUGGAGAAUAUUGGUGGAAUCUUCGUGGUUCUCAUCUGUGGCUUAAUCGUAGCAAUUUUUAUGGCAAUGCUGGAAUUUUUGUGGAGCCUUCGGCACUCUGAUCAGUCAGAGGUGUCCGUGUGCCAAGAAAUGGUGACGGAGCUGCGCAACAUCAUUCUCUGCAAGGACAGUUUCCACCCUCAUCGGAGGCGAGGGGGAAUGAUACGGACUCGCCCCGUUAUCCCGGAGGAACGCCGAGCCCGCAGCACAACCACGCUCAGCAACGGGAAGCUGUGCAGUGGGGGCGAGCCAGAUCCCCUGGCACAAAGACUGGCACAAGAAGCCGCCCUGGUCGCCCGAGGGUGCACGCACAUCCGUGUGUGCCCUGAGUGCCGCAGGUUUCAGGGCCUCCGGGCACGGCCGUCUGCGGGCUCGCCCGCGCAGAGCGAAGAGAGCUUGGAGUGGGAGAAGACCACCAACAGCAGCGAGCCCGAGUAA